GUACCCAGCUGCCGCAUUGACUGUGAAGCCACUCCUCCAAUUCCACCAUGUACAAGCUCUUGCGCCGUAUCUCGAGGUCAUUUUUUCCUUCGCACGACCUGCCAUCGAACGAAGAUGCUACGUCGACUGCUCCCCAGAUCGGCCAGAAACGGCGCCAUAGUUCAGAGGAGUCUGGUGUAGAGCCACCGUCUCCUGUCAAAAAGCAGAGACCAGAGACGCCUGAGCAGUCCGAGGAACAAUCACCAGUGCAUGAGGGAAAUGCCACGGGGGAAGUCGAGCAAGUCACUGAAGGCGUGACGGAGAUCGAGCUCGAGGAUAAGAUACCUACGGAGCCAUCAAGCACAGCAGAAGAUGCCGCUACAGUUCCCUUACCUGACUCUCCGAUCACCGACAUGAAUGACGAGACUGCGAGCACAGUGGAGAAUGAACCGACAACAGCUCAUUUCGAGCAAGCAUCAUCUCCAGAGCCACCCACGGCCACAGAGACAUCUUCGAGUACGAAGGAAGAAGUAACAGUUCAGACGGUAAAGGAUGACGCAGCGAAAACCGAACCUACCAGGGAAGUUGAGAUACGGGAGAUAGCGCAGGAGGAGGUGAACGCGCUGGAUGAGGAUGAAAACGGUGACGAUGAAAUUCCUGGUCUUACGGCAGGCGCAGCGUUCGCGUUAUCACAUUCUUCGAACGUCGUCGACCCACUAUUACACGAAGCAGCCAGAUCGGAAACGAUGGAGGUUGCCCCGAAGGACGCUGUCAUGGCCUGACUUAUGAUUCAGAACAUAUUCAUCCAUCUCCAUUGCAUAUACAGGAUGCCUUCUGGCGGCGAUCUAUUGCUAUCUAAAUCCCUACGCAAGCUAAUUCACACCACAUUUACUUUGCUGUACUAGUUUUCAUGAGCGGUCACUUCUUUAUACACCCACGUCAUUCAAGAUGCACACAGCCAGUUACGACGACACCCAUCGCACACUCGCCCGCCUGAUCUUCAAACGACUAUCUUUUAGACGUAUUUGACCACGACCUCGGACGAACUGAUAGACAC